CGGCCAGCGAUAUGAUCGCCUUGGAAACUGUAGAGAUAAAUUUUAAUGAUUAUUCAGUAUACUUAGUGUCAAUGAAGCAAGACAAAAAUGAUCCGUGGAUUGAAGACCUUCAAGAUUGUAAAUUAGGUUCAGAGUUCUAUUUAAUUUUAGAAAUCAAAUUUUGAAUACUAUGUGAGCUUAAUUUAAAAACAUUUGGUAAAAUUGUGUAAAAAAUUGAUAAUUUAAAGAAGAGUUCAGACUUUAAUAGUAUUACCUGAUAACAAUGUAUCGUUUAUAAUAACCUUUUUGGCUUAUUAGAUUGUCUCUAAAAGGCCAAUAUGUUAUCUAGAGAAUUGCCGCAAUCACUAAAACGCAUUUGUGGACAUUCAGUCACAUAAAUAUAUCAAGUCGGGCGUGACGAGUGAGAUCGUUGUAUCGUAGUUACUAAAAUGAAGUUUGCUUUAACCGUUCUGUUCUGUUUACUAAUAACAUUCCAAUUUAAAGCAGCACUUGGCGGAACUGUGCUUAAUUUCUUUGAAAAAGCCCAUGAAAGAGCUCAUGAAAGGGCUGAAGAGGCGAGAGAUAAUAUUAGAAAUUUAUUUCAUUUAGAUAAUCAUGUAACGGAGACAACAACCGAUAACAAUAAAAAUCAAAUUCCAGCUGGUGAAACAGUUAUUAACAGGAAUAGCGCAGUUACUACGCAGUAUACUAAUAAACAAACUGAAGGUGCUAUAAUUUUUCCAACAGAAGAAUCAAACAGUGUUUCUAAUAACACUGAUACAACAACAACGGAAAAGGAUGGAAGAGAAAACUUUACUGGAGGCUGCGAGCCUGGAUAUGAACGUACAACAGAUGGCAGGUGUAUGCCUACAUUUUGAUUAAAUAUAACUAAAAAUACGACAAAUAAAACAUGCGAGCAACAAUAUAUAAACGACAUGUAAAAAAUUGUAUGUGUAUUUUUACUAUGUGUGUAGAUAAUUAAGUCAAAUUGAGCAUAUAAAACUUUUUUAACAAUCAUUUAAAUUUAUAAUUUUAUGUAUGGUAUACCAACCUUAGUGUUUAUUUUACAUAAUUGUAAUUAACGGAUUGCAUUGUAAUUGCAUUUUUUCUGGAAAAAAUACUUGAAUAAUAUUUGUUAAAUAAAACAAAAUGAUAUAAUGUUA